AUGUCUCAGACAUGUUCAAUUGGAGAGAGGUCAGGCGAUUGUGGUGAAACAGGUAAACGUCUUAGCGACGAUUCCAGGGUGGGUGCACCAAAAACGGCAGUAACCCAGGAAAACGUCGAUGCUGUACGCAAACUCAUCAUUGAAGAUAGACAUGUGACAUAUCGCGAGAUUGAGGCGUCCUUGAAGAUCUCAAAGAUCUCAAUUCAAAAAAUUGUACAUGAAGAAUUAGGAGUACGAAAAUUAGUUUCUCGUUGGAUACCCCACCUGUUGACUGAAGAGCAGAAAGCAGCCAGGGUUAAUUGGUGUCAAAAAACGCUUGACCGUUUCAAUUCCGGAAACUCAAAAAAUGUGUACAGCAUUGUUAGUGGUGAUCGUGGAUUUACUUCGGCUGUUUGGGUGUUCCAAGGUGAAGAAAAGCCAACAAAAAUCAUCCAUUCUCGAAGUGUUUCGAAAAAGAUGGUCGCGACAUUUGUGUCAAAAGCGGAUCAUAUUGCAACAAUUCCUCUUAAUGAGCAAAGAACUGUUACUGCGGAUUGGUAUACCACCAUUUGUUUACCAAAAGUCAUCAUCGAGCUUCGAAAAAUCAACCCCGAAAGAAGAAUCAUCCUCCACCAAGACAAUGCAAGCUCGCACACAGCCCAAAAAACAAGGAAAUAUUUAACGGAAGAAAACGUGGAAUUAUUGAACCAUCCUCCAUAUAGUCCCAAUCUAAGUCCUAACGAUUUCUUUACUUUCCCGAAAAUUAAAAACAGACUGCGUGAAGUUGCAGUUGACGCAUUCAAAAAUGCCAUUUUGGAUCUGCUAGCAAACGAGUGGAAUAAGUGCUUCGAAAAUUGGUUCGAGCGCAUGCAGAUGUGUAUUAAUCUUCGUGGAGAAUACUUCGAAAAACAACAAGUCAUUUAA